AUGCCUUUCAUUGGGGCAUCGACCAACUCGGAUAACGGUUUCCAAACCCUGAUGGACAAGAUUUCAAGAGCAGCAACACCGGCUCCAUCGCCAACUCCGGUGUCUAGUAUCAGCACUUCUGCAUCGAUAUCGUCAACAUCCAACUCAGGUGCUAACAUGGGUAUGUCUACCCUGAGUAAUAACGAAGAUACAACAAAUGGUGAUACAACAACGGAAACAGAUAAGAAAAGACUCCCGACAGCAGCUCAACUUCCAGAUGCAAGCUUUGAGCUCAGGAAAUCUUCUACUGUCUCGACGGUUUCCUCAGUUGGCUCCUCGAUGGUCUGCUCAUCCAUAUUCACCGAUUCGGAUAUGAAAGAACUCAUGCGAUUCCCUAACUCUUCCACACAUGCAUACUCAUAUAAUCCCUUAUCGCCCUUUUCACUCUCGGUACGAUUGUCCAUUUUGAAGCGGUCAGUCGAGAUUAUGCUCAAUAACCCUUCCCUUUUGGAUGAUUCUGAUCCAAGCUGCACUUACGUUCACAUGAAAGAACAGCAAAAUAACCAAAUGCAAUUACCUGUGGCUCCAAAGAUGCUGCGAAAUGCCUCUUCUGCUGCACUAUCUGCUUUUUUCACGACAAAGAAUCAACAGAAAAGGCCAGACUUGAGAAAGGGCUCCUCUUCAACCAACGUUUUACAUACCACUUGGGAAAUUGGAAGUCACGAUGAUAGUGAGAAUUCUAGCGAAGCUACUUCAAGAAGAAGCUCCCUCGUUUCCAACUUACGCUCUUCUAUAUCUGCACAAAAACUUGACUCUGCAGCUGUUGCUUCGGCUGCUGCCCUAGUAGACUUCGAAGAGAAAAAGAGAAACGACUUGGGCCAACUCUUGGAGUUACUAAAUAAAGCUCUAGAGAAUAAUAAGGAAGACGCUGCUUCAAGUCUUCAUAAAAUGUCACUUUUCAACAUCAACAAACUAGAUAUACCAUCAAGCCCAAGUCAUUCCACAAAUGAUGGUGAACAACCAAACUCUACUUCAGAUACCGUUAUUUAUGAUCCUCACGAUCUUGCCAUUAAAAAGCAACUAAUAGAAAGUUUAGCGCAACCGUUCCAUGAGGCCUAUAAUACCAGAGAGGCUUUAAUGGACGAAAGAGACCUUGAAUCAAAAGUCGAAGAGUAUUCUAAAGAUCCAAACGCACUGAUGGCAGGAAACAGAAUCCUCCACACGUUUACCUCUCAGAAAAAUUCUUCCCCGAAGGCCAUCUUUACUUGUUCACAACAGAAUCCCUGGAAGUUUAGAGCAGCUAAUGAUUUGGCAUGUUUAAUUUUUGGUAUUUCCAAAAACGCUAUGCGUGCCUUAACCUUGCUAGACUUAAUCCACAGCGACAGCAGAAAUUUUGUUUUAGAUAAGUUGAUGUCUACGGAAGGCCAGGAGCAAGUAUUUACUGGUGAAAUAGUCGGUAUCAAACAACCUGGUCAUUCAUCUUCAUCGUCAGGGCUCAUUUGGUCCUCUAUAUGGGCAAAGCGUAAAAAUGGAUUGAUUGUAUGUGUUUUCGAGAAAGUUCCGUGUGAUUAUAUGGACGUGUUGUUAAACCUUGACGAUUACAGUGUUGAAAACAUCAUUGGAGGUGAAGGUUUAAAAUAUGGUAUUCAUGGUGAACCCUCUAAACGUACGGAGCAACAGACUGAUGAUUCUGGUAAAAAAUCUGUUAAGUUUGAAAAUGACCUACCGGAUGUAAAAUCCAUCAGUGAAUCCCUAUGGACUCUAAUCAAUGACGUGAAAUCUGGAAAAAUUACCGGGCCUGAUGAUGAUCUUCUUCCAAUGCCAUUGCGAAUCGUUAAUGCGCUCAAUGAGGUCAGAUACUUCACCUUGAAUUUUUCAGAAUUCAAUAUCCCAUGUGCCGUAUCAUGUUCUAUUUUGGAUACGGAACUCAAAAUGAAGAUUCACUCCCUUCCGUAUCAAACUGGUGUUUUUAUCCUAAAUUUACACUCUUACGAAAUGCUCUCUUUCAACAAGUCAAUCUCAAAGAACAUGUUUGGUUUGCACUACGCCGAAUUGGUGGAUAAAAGCAUCGCAACAGUUAUUCCAUCUUUCCCAGCUAUGAUAUCUUACAUCAGAGAAAAGUACCCAGAAUGGGACAUUUACCUGCCUUCAAACAGAGGAUUGGUUCUAACCGAGCACUUCUUCAGAAAGAUUGACUGCGAGAUGAAAGGGAGACCAGAAGACUUUUAUGAUUCCAACGGAUUGGAUGCAGUCCAUAGGGACGGUCGUUUCAUAAAAGUUGAUAUUCAGCUUCGCGUUAUUAGUAGGGAUUACAUGGUGUUGUGGAUUACUUACUCAAGGGAUUUAUUCGCUAAAGAGUAUUCGUCAAAUCCUUCUCAGCUAAAGAUUCUUAACGAAAGUGAUAUCAAUGUCGUUACUGGUACUAGUUCGGAGGCAUCAUCCAAGACCCCAACGCAAAAAAUAUCGGUAGCUGAUUUUAAGGAAAUGCAUGACUCACUGGAGAAGCUGUCUUUAAGUUUGGAAGGAAGUACAGUUGGUUCUCAUAUGGACAGUAAAGUGGCACAGGCGAAGGUAGUUGCUGACGACUCAUCGGAAGAUUCGCCAAACGAUGUUCCUAAAGAUGAUCUAGAAUUAACAGCCAAGUUGGAAGUAGCAAAAAGGUUUCAUAAAGAUAAAUCCCUUUUUGUCAAAGACGAAAACUUCAAAUUGGACAAGGAACUUAUUGCCAACAUUACAUCUUCUUCCCCCACUUUACGUCCAGAGGGCAGUGGUUCUGAAAGCUCAUUGAAGCAGUUGUCGAACUCGUCGGCUCCAUAUGAAAUUGGGUCUAUGAAGCACAAGAAAAAGUUCUCUGAUUUCAUUGUUCUUCAAAAAAUGGGGGAAGGUGCAUACGGUAAAGUUGAUUUAUGUAUGCAUAAAAAAGACAGAUACAUUGUUGUUAUAAAGAGAAUCUAUAAGGAAAGGAUCUUGGUGGAUACAUGGGUAAGAGAUCGUGUUUUAGGUACAAUCCCAUCGGAAAUUCAAAUUAUGGUCACACUAAACAAGAAACCCCACGAUAAUAUAUUGCAAAUCAGAGAUUUCUUUGAGGAUGAUGACUAUUAUUACCUUGAAACAGAAAUGCAUGGCGAAACAGGUUCAAUCGAUUUAUUCGAUUUAAUUGAACUGAAGACAAAUAUGACAGAAUAUGAAGCAAAACUUUUAUUCAAACAAAUAGCAUCGGGAAUUAAGCACCUGCAUGAUAACGGAAUCGUUCAUAGGGAUAUUAAAGAUGAAAAUGUUAUCGUAGAUAACAAAGGUUUCGUUAAGCUCAUCGAUUUUGGUUCUGCUGCUUAUGUUAAAAGUGGACCUUUUGAUGUUUUUGUCGGUACUAUUGAUUAUGCUGCUCCUGAAGUUUUGGGAGGAGAACCCUAUGAAGGAAAACCCCAGGAUGUUUGGGCAAUUGGUGUUUUACUUUACACUAUAAUAUACAAAGAAAAUCCAUUUUAUAACAUUGAUGAGAUCUUAGAUGGUGACUUAAGAAUUCAAUCUACUCACGAGGUUAGUGCUGGUUGUGUCAAUUUGAUUAAAAAAAUACUUAACAGAUCAGUGGCCAAAAGACCAACUAUAAAUGAAAUAGUGGAAGAUCCAUGGCUCGCAUUAUAA